AAGCUUUUGUAAACCGACCUGUUUUAUCUUACGUUUAAUAUUUGGGGUAAUUUAAGAAAAUGUUGGUCCUGUAUGUGUACACAGUCAACAUUCUUGAAAUCACCUUAGUAACGCAAUUUACGGCCAUUUACCCCUCACAGCGCCCUACAAUCCUGUCGUAAACUAAGACGGCUCUUCUCCGCAGGCGACGUUUGUGUACAGCUACCGAUGACGAACAGCGCAGAAACUUGUCCCUAUGGGCGCUAUGUUCCGCUGGUUUAAACCGAGAAAAAGCGACUAAACCCCGGCCACAGGAUUCCAUUACAGCACUACCCUGGGAACAUGGCAGCAUUUAUCGCACACCCCUCUGUGAGGAUCAAAGGCACAGAGCACAACUACAACCCUGUUCUGUGUCAGGAUGAAAAGUGUGCUGCCAGUUCUAAAGGGAACCACAUGCAUUGCCCCUUCUGCAGCAUAGCAGAGGCCUACCAGGACCCGGUCAUCCUGCGGGCACACUACAGAGUCAAGCACGUGGACAAGGGGAUCGACUUUGCAGGCUUGAAGGUGCUGCGCUGCUGUAAUCACUGUGAAAUCGUGGGCACCAUUAAGGGGGAAAAGAAGUUUAAAGGAGCUCACUGGCACUGCUACCGCUGCCGCAACGGCUUCAACCGUCGCGAUGAGGCUGUGAAGCACUACAAAACACACUUUAGAAACCCACACACCACCUUCCAGAUCCAGAUCACGCAGGAGGUGAACAGCAGGCAGUAUUAUGAACAGAGUGCGGAGGCCCACCCAAAAGCCUAUGGGGGUCUCGCCAUCACAGCCGGCUCAAACGGAGACUACAGCACCAUUGGCUCAGUCCUAGCACAGACUGUCAUUGCUACAGCAACGGGCACAGAGACCCUCAUCACUGAAGUCUCUAAGGUAAGCAGUGUGAGCAAUGGGAUUACAGUGGGAGCGGAGGAGACAGUGGGGCCCUGCCCCCAGUCCUCAGGGAGACAGACGCUGGUUCUCAUGGACCCCGAUGAAGAGAGUGGGAACCUACUGUAUGAAGAAACAACCAGUAUCAUUACAGAGCAGGGUGGGGAGAGUCUUGAUCAGAACCUCUUGCUGGAGAAGCAGCUGAUAGAGCUCCAUCAACACAACCAGGCACUGCGGCAGGAGAAAGAGGAGGUGGAGAAGAAACUCGGAGCAGAGAUCCAGGAGCUCAAGGACCAUGUGGCUGGUCUUGUCCAAGCAAAUGUGAAGAUGUUUGAAGAACUGCAAGUCUACCGGGCAGCUGAUGACACUGAGCAGAAGAUCAGUAAGCUGGUGGAGUCUAUGGAGAGGCAGCACCAGGAGCUCCUGCAGACCCAGCUGGCAGCCCUGCGGAAGGAGAUGCUGCAGGGUGCAGUGAACGGGGAGACUGGGGGGACCCUGCAGCUCGCCCUGCCCCAGGACAGCGAGGGGGGAGGGGACAGCGUUAUCUCCUUUCUGGGACCCUCACAUGGCACGGGGGCGGGGGCCGAAGCAGGGAUCACCUCGCUGGAGAUCGUGGAGGUGCAGCUUCAACACACACCCCAUCUCCCCAAAAUAGACAGUCCCCCUACCUCCCUGUACCCUGCGGAGGAACUGCACGAGCAGGGAGGCUUGUCCCCGGGGAAACGGGACGCUGAGGAGCAGCCUGAGGGGGAGAACAAAACUAAAAUUCAGAGGAUCGUCUUAAACUGAAAGACAAAGCAGUCAGGAUCCAGACCUUACCGUUUCUAUCUGGAGAAGAGAGUCAGAUUAUUUGUGCACCCAGCAGUCCUCCUUGUUUCUGGGAACUUCCUGCCCACUCCAAGCCUUUGAAUACAGAGGCAGGUGACAACAAAUUUUUUAAUAAUAUUUUGAAGUAGGUACUGGGACCUAACUAAACUGCUUGUUCCCAAUUUGGCAGUGCUGCAAGUCAAAAGUCCAUACUUUCUUGACAAUACCAGUUAUUUUACAGCAGAACAACAGUUAUGAAACAUAAUGGAUACUGCAGAAAGGUUUGGCCACUUUUUUCCAUCCCGUCCAGAUAUAUGGGUAUUUAUUGUGCAAAAGCAGAUGUCAUCCACACUAUUAACAAUAUAGUAACUUUGGAUUCCUAUUCAAAAGGGGAUCCAGCAGGAGUUGAAAAACCAGGUAAACUAUAAGAAAAUAACCUUCCAAAUGAUUUUGUAUUGCAUUAAAGACAACCUUUAGUCUAGAAUAUGACAUACUCCAGUACAAGUCGUUAUUUAUCUUUUUCUGUAACAAUUCCCAGGAGCAAAGACCCAUUGUGGUUUUCUCAGUGAUAUUGUGCCUUGCCUACCAGUGAGCUUACUGUAGCGGCUCAUGUGUGCAGACGCCCAGUAUGUGUGCAUACUGGUUUCUAUAAUAUUGGUUUGGAGGCAUCUGAUGGUAAAUUCUUACCGCUUAUAUGCCCUCAGGUGUCUGCUGAAAUCCUCUUCACUAAUGUGUCCGUGAAAGGUUUUUGAAGUGUUACAGACCCCCCUGCAGUGUUUACAAAAAAAACACAUUACCUUUGCUAUAUCCUGUGCUGUCCAUAUCGCAGCAGCUUUUUUCCUGCAUAUUUCCCGAUAGUGUUGAUAUUUUAUUAUUCAUAUAUCCUAGGUAAAUAAACUAGGGAAUUUUAUGUUUAAUUUUUUUCAACUUGUACUCAGGAAAGUUUGCCAGGAGAAAGAGAUUUUUCUUCUAAACAUCGCAGUGUAUCCAGUUCAUGCUCCCUACUUCAAAAUGCUGGUGGUGAUUUGAAAUGAGUGACGUAUUGUAGGAACAGAAAACCAGCAUUGUUGCAGGAGGGAGCGUGAUUUGGAUACACUGCAAUCCUUAGAGAUUUAUUUUUUCUCCUGGCGAACACUCCAGAGUAAAUGUUGAGAAAUAUAUUGCCCAGUUGAUUUUACCCAUGAUGUGGGAUUUAAACUUUUCAAAAGAGUCAGCAACAUGUUUAAAAAUCUAACGCUGCGAUACGGACAACAUGGGACACAGCAAAGGUAACCUAAUGCCUUUAUUGUAAGUUGCAGUGUGUUCUGUAACACUAACUAAUUUUACCAUAGGGGUAAAUAAGAGUGUGUACUUCUAUAGGGUGCAUUCACACUUCCAUUGCGUUUUGUUUGUGAUAAGAAUUCGUCUCGCCCCCAUGGAUUGCUGUCUUUGUUCAUGUCAUCCUCAUUUUCAAGGAUCAUUGUGCAUGGUUUUUUCAAUUAAAAAAAUGAUUUUGAGACUUUUUUAAAAAACUACAUUUUAUAAAAAAACAUAUAACAAUCACUGCUUGUGCUCUUGUAGGACAUGUUUUCCGUACCUUGUCUUAAACCCAUUUGUCCUGCCAAAUUGGUACGUGGUUUAUUCUCCUCAUUCCAUUCAUUUGUUACAGAAAAUAAGACUCCACCUGUCCCCACAUAGUUUCCUAUUGGGCUUUUCACAUAUCAGUACAUUCAGUGAUCAAAAGCCUAAACAUUUUCUUCUUUUCCACUGUGUGUGUUUUCCACAUCGUUUUUUUUUUUUUUAUGUUAAUAUGAGGGGUAUCUAAUCCAGGGUAUAUAACACAAAUGGGGAGCUUACUGAGUUAAAAAGCUUUUUAGAACAUUUAAAUAUAACCCUGUAUGUUUUGUAACGGAAAUGUGAAAAUAAUAGCAAAAUGAUGAGACUUUCAAGAAAGUUGAUUUGUUAAUGAAAGGUUAAUUAACUUACGAUUACAUGUUGAACAUGUUGUAAAAAAAAAAAAGUUUCAGCACCAAAACACAGUUUGAGUUCUACCGUGUCAAGUUCAGAGGUCGUCCCCACUUGAUAAUUUCAUAAUAAAAUAAAACUGUCUCAAAUUUCAGCAGAGACUGGUAAAUGUCAGAUGUAAUCAAAUCUAUGUACAGAGCAGACAGAAUAUUGAUGACACACAUUGCGAUUCAGGUGACUGUCUGGAACUAAAACAGACAGGAGAUGGAGGUCAUUAUUAACUAUUACAAUUUGCAAAUUCAGUUUAUCUGCCCAUCCUGGCCUUUUAAUUUGCAUACAACACAACAAACUGGAUUGACCAAAGGAUGCUAGUUCAUUUUUGUUUUUGUAUUCAUAUUCAUUGCUAAUUAAUGAUCCUACACAUCAUGCAUUAAAACAGAGUAGCUGGAAAUACUAGUGCUGGAACGAGCAAAGGGUUUUCAUGUUCAAAUAUUCUUUCAAAAUGUAAAUUAAUAUUGGAACAUGUGGGAUUCGUACCAUAAUACAGUAAUAUAUAUAUAUAUAUAUAUAUAUAUAUAUAUAUAUAUAUAUAUAUAUAUAUAUAUAUUCAUUCUCUCAGGAGUAAAAUACAUGUGGUAUUUGUGGUCAUUUGUCCCAGCACUAGGAAACACAGUAAAGCAUAUACAUUGUUACUUACAGGGUGCUUCAAAAGUCAGUGAGUUGAAAAAAGAAUGUGCUGCAAAGCAAUGAGACGUAAAGUAAAAGUAGUUGCAGCUCCCUCUGUGAUGCCAUUGCCUUCCCUAAUGUCUACCGAUCCCACCUGCCAAGUCUACACUGCAUGCCUUUUCUUUAGCUAGAGGCUUUUGAACCACCCGAUAAAUGCUGAACAAACUCCACAAUCAACAAUAUUGCAGCUAAAAAUACUAGGACAGUUUAGCUGCCAUACCUAAAGAAGUCUAACUAAACUGAAUAGUAAAUUGAAUAUUCUGUUGAGCCAUUCAUAGGACAUGUUUUAGGGGUGUAUUAGUUAUAGCAAACAAACAUAUUGUAUACUACAGCAUGAAGGCAAGGUAACUAAUGCAGAAGACUUGAGUGUGAAAGAUUAAACUUUUUACACAAUUACAAAUUGUGGCUAUAACCUGGGUUAACUGAAUUGUUUUAGGUGCCCCUGUACCAUUUUCUAGAGCAAUCUUAUAUUUUCCAUCAACAGUGGAUGUCAUGUUUGUGAGUCCACAGAAAAGUCUGUCUGAUUGUGCUAAAGUUUGCUUACCUGUGUUUGAUGUGCAACAAAUUGUGAACAAAUUGUAGUUCUAAUUUUACAAUUGUGUGCUUUGUAUACAGGGUCAUCUGUGCCUGGCUAGAAAUGUAAAUGGCAUACAGAGUUCUCCAGGAAAAGGAAACAAGGCCAUCAUAAACCAGACUAAACCCUUCAGAUGCUCCACAUAAAUACUAGUUGUAUUUGCAGAAGAGGCAGAUGUCUAUGUAAAUCUUAAUAGAUUUGUACUGUAUUUAUAGCUAUUAAGGAAUUUUCCUUGAUAAUAAAGGUUGCAUACAGAACUGACCGGCAAUAUUGUGGUUCAGAAGCCGCCUGUCUUGCUUACUUAAAUAAGCUGAACCUUUAUUUUAUUUUUUAACUUUGCCUUAUUACUUCUAAUGUAUGAAUGUAUAGUUUUAUAACAAGAUAAAUGGUGCUGUCUUUGCAUCUGCAAGUAAAAACAUCUUUUGUCCUGCU